CUUGUGGCUUUGGUUGCAAAGAAAGACCAAUCUACUAUACAAGAGAACACAUCCCAAGCAACACAAGACAAGACAAGACAAGACAAGACAAAACAAUGCGCGCCCUCCCAUCUUCCUCAGAAUCAUCACACUGUGCAGCAGCAUUCCUCUUCCCUCAAUCACCAACCCCUUCAUGCUCCAACUCCAUAGCCAUAACCCACUCUUCCCUCUUCUUCUCACACCCUUUUCAUUACCAUUCCCUCUGCACCACCCCACCUUCAAACUUCAAACCUCUCUUGCACCGUGCUUCCAAAUCCAACCCCACCACCUCGGAAGUGGGAGUUGAAGAGUCAGCAACGUUGACUGAAGAUGGGGUAUGCAUAGAGGUGACGAAGCUGGAGAAGAACUCGCGCAGAAUCGAGUCCAGGAUUUCCAUUGAUGCUUCGCUUGAUGCGGUAUGGAGCAUCUUGACUGAUUAUGAGAGGUUGGCUGAUUUCAUUCCUGGCCUUGCUGUUAGUCAAUUGCUCCAAAAGGGUCACAAUUUUGCUCGUCUUUUGCAGAUUGGAGAGCAGAACUUGGCAUUUGGGAUAAAGUUUAAUGCUAAAGGAGUUGUAGAUUGUUAUGAGAAAGAGUUGGAGACUCUUCCUUCUGGAAUGAAGCGUGAUAUCGAAUUCAAGAUGAUUGAAGGAGACUUUCAACUCUUUGAAGGAAAAUGGUCUAUUUUGCAGCAGUUCAAUAGCAGAAGUUGUGAGGAGACUCAAGUACAAGAAGUUAAUACAACUCUCUCUUACAUUGUUGAUGUUAAGCCCAAGCUGUGGUUGCCUGUUCGUCUCAUAGAGGGUAGACUUUGCGACGAGAUAAAGAAGAACCUUGUAUCAGUCAGGGGUGAAGCUCAAAAAGCUACUGACAGAGAAGUUAUGUAAUUAAUGAUCCUACGAAGAUAUCGACUAGUUUUGCCUUGGUUGUCGAGACCUAACACAACCUCUCAUCCUUUACCUAGGCUUGGAACCGGCCAUGCAAGCAUAGGCGGAGUAUAGAAGUAUAGUUCACACAUCAGUUUUCACUUGGUAAAGCUGCAAGAUUGACCUUAUUCUGGUCCUAAAAUAUCUUUAUGUGUAAUUGUAAAACCAUUAGUUCAAAGAAAAUCAUGAAAAGGUCAUUUCAACCUUAAUUGAACAUUUUCUUUAUCUUUGGCUUUCGAUGUUUUGAAAUUUGUAAAGAGAAAUACUAUAACACUUACUUUUCACUCU